AUGGACUCCAGAUACAUUAUGGACAAGUCAAGGGUCAGCGGCGUGGACUACAGCUUCAGGACAGGCCGGUCCGUGCGCAGUCCGCCUGACAGACACGGCACGGUUCUCUACACGUUCGUACUGGACUCGGCGGCUGAGGGCAAAGGCGAAAACCUUGCUGCAAAAGGGAUCGGGCUGUCUGCAGAUGGAAGGCUAUUACACGUCGUGGAGAAGAUGAGCCGGAGGGAGCAACAUGAUGCUGGAUUGGUAGAGGGUCUCAGGAUGGCCACCCCCCCUCACUGCCCUGGACUCAAUGGGCAGGUGCCAAGAGGACUCAUGCACUUGGACAUCAGGAACCCAGGGGCCCAGGCCGAGCUCCAGGGCCAAGGCAGCACCCCGACAGAGCGACAGCCCCACUCCAGCCACAUCCCAGUGCCCAGGAACCGGAAGCCAUCAGGCCACGCAGAUAAGGAGGUGAUGGCUGCAACCGUCCUGACCUCUCUGUCCACUUCACCAAUGGUGCUCCAGCCUUCCUCUGCUCCGACAGUCCCAGAAGCAGCGAACAGAGGAUGGAAAGAGGUGCUCUCUGCCAGCUACAGCAGCUCCACCAGCGGAAACUGGAGCUGGGACGCCAGCGACCAAUCAGUGCCCUCCACACCGUCGCCACCUCUCUCCAACGACAGCAACAAGAACUUCCUGCUCUCGUCCAACAAUGAUGACAUCAGCGACGACAUCCACGAGAGCACGCACUUCAUGUUUGAGGACCCCAUCCCCAGGAAACGAAAGAACUCCAUGAAGGUGAUGUUCAAAUGCUUGUGGAAGAACUGUGAAAAAGUCCUCAGCACCUCCUCAGGGAUCCAGCGACACAUCCGCACCAUGCACCUCGGCCGUAACAGUGACUCCGACUACAGCGACGGCGAGGAGGACUUCUACUACUCCGAGAUCGAGGUGAACAUGGACAGUCUGACCGAGGGCCUGUCCAGCCUCACGCCCACCUCCCCCACCACGACCGCUCCUCCGCCGGUCUUCCCUUCGCUGCUUGUCGACGUCCCGCACUCGGAACACAUUGAGGUGACCGGCCCGCACAGCCACGCCCCCUCACUGCUCAGCCAAUCAGCUCCUUCCACCCUCUGCCACAUCCGCACGGACCACGCCUACCAGGGCCCUGUGAACCAUGUCCGACCCGUGAGCACCGGAGAGAAGCGUCAGCCUGCCAUCAGUACGCACACAGCUGUUACCAAAAGCCAUGCAUUCGUCACACCAGCUACAAAAGCCACGCCAGGAACCAGGAAACCCCGCGGCGAGGCAAAGAAGUGUCGGAAAGUGUACGGCAUGGAGAAGAAGGACAUGUGGUGCACAGCCUGCCGCUGGAAAAAGGCCUGUCAGAGAUUCACCGACUAA